UUCUUCGACAGAGCUCUGUUGAUCGCACUUCCCUCGAGUUUCCAUGGCCACUGCCAGCGGUCUCGAUGCUUCCGGUUCUUUCAGUGGAGUUGAUGGUAAACCAAAUGAGCCUAUCAAAGCUGAUCCUACUUCAAGCUCAGAGGCAAAGACUAAAGAAAGUGAAAUAAAAGCUCGGGUUGAUGCUGUGUGGGAGCAAAUGAACAAAGGAAUCUCCAAAAAGACACUGAACGAUUUGUUAAAGAAGCCUAGUAAGCCGAGUUCAACUGUGAAAAAGCCUCCACAAAAGUCAUCCUCUAAUUGGAUGACAUAUCUAGGUCUCGGAUCAAAAGCCGCAGUGUCCCCUGGUAAAGAUGUUCCCAAGAAGGAACCUAUAACAAUGCUGCCGAGCACUUCCAGUGAUGAAGCCAAGAGGCUUGCUGCUGCUGCUCUCUCGGCAGUUAAGGAAGCUGCAGCUUCUGCAUCAGGCAGGGGAAAAGUUGAGAUCACAGAGGUUCGAGACUUUGCAGGUCAAGACAUCGAAGUUAAGAAGCUAGUUGAUGCUGAAUCGAAGGAGGCAUUGGAGAAGGCCAAAGUCACAGCGCCUUCUGCUGUUGAUGCAGUACUUGAGCAAAUCAAGAAGAAACAGAAGCUCAGUGUGCUGGACAAGACUAAAAUGGAUUGGGGGGAGUUUAAGGAAGAAAACCAAGGGUUGGAAGACGAGUUGGAUGCUUACAAGAAGAGUUCCAAUCAGUAUUUGGAAAAGGUUUCUUUCUUGCAGCGGACGGAUUACAGGGAGUUUGAGCGGGAGAGAGAUGUGCGGCUCGCCCUGCAAGCCAAGAGGAGGCCGGAUAUGCGGGAGGACCCAUAACUUAAUGGUGUUUUUGACUUUGCUUAUUACUGUUGGAGAGAUGUGGAAGCCAACUUAAGAGACAAAUGGAAGUUACUAAAAAUUCUAUCAAGUGUCGUGCAAAGUGAAAAUGAGCGUCAAUCAGUGCCGUUAAAAGGCAUAUACUAUGCAUUGUUUUUGUUAGUGAGAUUAGAUAUGUAGUUUAUGGUUUCAGAGGAUUCACUGUAAAGAGAGGAGAGGUUAUAUCUCCUUGGUCAAGUUUUUACUUUGUAGGAUUAUCUCUUUCUUCCAUGAAAUUUAGUAAAUAAGCUUUUUUUUUUUUUAAA